CGGAAGAUAGAGAAGCAAACAGCUACUGUUUAUUUUGACUAUCAACCCCCAGAACUGGGACAGCCAAACUGUAAAAAGAAGAAGGGGAGGGAAAAAAAGACCAUGGCGAAUUCAAAACCCCUUCAUUUUUGGAGUGACGAAGAGACUGAAUUUAUGCUGUAUCAGCUGAGAGACUUGAAUAUUUGGAAAUACAUGGAUGGUAGGAAAACAAGGAAUGGCCGCCUGUUUAAAAAAGUGGCAGAACAAAUGGAGGACGCUGGAUUUAAAAGGUCACCCGAACAAGUCCGUGUUCGUUGGAAGCAUCUGAAGCAGGCUUACUACAACGCCAAAAAGAACAACCAAACAAGUGGUUACAAUCCAGUUUCUUGCACAUAUUCUGAAAUACUGGAGGAGCUGCUGGGAAGCCAGCCAUUGUACCAGUCCACAGAGCAUGGUGUGGACAUUGAGUUAAUUCCUUCUGUCUCUGACAGUGUCCUGGAAGUGGGGGAUCUGGAGGGGGCAGUACAGGCAGAGUCACCAGAGACAGUACAGGAGUUUGAUGGGAACUCAUCCGAAUCAUCAGAGAAAAUUUACACUCCACAAAUGAAGAAGAAUAGUGCUCCUCUGUUGGAGAGGGCGACCAGCACUCCUCCCUUGGAUUUACCUGCCCUUUCUGGUGAGACAGCAAAGACACCAUCAGAGAGGAAGAGGCGUCGUAAAUCCGAUGUUGAACUGCUCAUCCAUAGGAUGCAGCAGAUGCAGAAGACCUGGAUGGAACAGAUUCAGCGAAGCCAUGAGAGGGAAGAGCGUUUGGUGAGCAGCAUUCUGCAAAGCAAUGAAACUGUGGUGUCUGCACUGAUGGAAGGCAUCCGCAGCCUGCGUUCCCCAAUGCCACCAAAUUCCCCACAGGCAACUGAGGAUAACGGAAACACAUCUCAUAUUUCACCCGUGGUACGACAUUUGACCUCACAGACGGACUCUGAAGCAAAUACAUUAGUCAACAAACAGCAGAAUAAUGUCACCAGCACAGGUUUGCUUUGUUAUUUUGAAGCUACUCAGACAAAAGUGGCCAGCAGUGAAUGUGGUGUUUCCACCCUCACCUUCCCUCUGGACAGUCCACAACUGUUCCUUUACCCAACAACAGUAGUAAAGCAGCCAUCAAAGAGACCUCGACUUAGCCUUAAAGAGGAGGAAGGAGGCUCCACAGAAUGCAGCUCCUCUAAGGUGGUUCUGGAACCAGAAGAUUCAGCAUGACCGUCCACUGCUUUGAGGAGUUUCUGCUUGUCUGGAAAUCUUUAUACAAUUAGUGGUUGACAUGUUAGAAAUGGAACCACCAGCUGCGCUGAAGACUUUGGUUAUUGUGGUAUGAAAGUGCCAAAGUUCAACCUCCCUGAACAACUAUAACCCUGUUCAAGACUGAAAUCCUACUUCCUCCUGAUUUCCUUUUAACAAGUUGUAACCUGACAUAUUAACUGACCUGGUAUUCCUGCCUGCAUCCAUGGUGAGAUGUCUGUCCCUUCACUGUUGGUUUCCAGUUUGGUGGUGUUAAUGGGAGCCAGAAGUUUGACUACCUCUUGCAUCACCUGUUGAUAUGGAGUUACAGACACAGUUAAAUGCUGUAUUAUUUACUGAAUGUAGUUACAAUUCCAAGAUACGUUAUCCAUUCUUGAACUAGAAUGCCAUUGUAUGGCAGAUUCCAAACAUCCCAUGUCCAGGUAAAACAUUGCAAUGCUACAUCAUCAUAAAAUAUACAACAGUAAAGCUUUGGUUUUUCUCUAAUGUGGUGGCUCGUUGCAGAGAUUCUCUCCUUAAAAAAAUGUAACUUUCACUUGGAUUAAUUUUUGUCACCUUGCAGAAUAAUCGGUGUCUUUUAAUGUUGUAAAAAUAUUUAUCAUUUAUAGUUUCACAGUUUGGCCUUUAAACUCACCUUUCGUGCCGCAUCGCUGCCAGUGAACUGCAGAGCGACAGGGGUGAAUGUCCCCAUGUCAGACUCCAUAACGAGGUCAAAGUUGGACAUGUUCACCUGAUUAGAAAGAGAGAGGACAGUCAGAACAGGGUUAGAACAAAUAAAAAGGUAAAAGAUCAAGUGAAGACACUCAAGUGCUCACUAGGGGUCGCUAAAACAGCUGCCUUAGCUAACUGAGGCCAUUUUAAUUCUAUUUAUACAUCACAACUAAUAACUGGAUCAACCCACAAGGUACGUUGGUGGAAGCAUACUUUUUUAUGCACAAGAAAGCACCAACACUGUACCUCUGGUUUUGGAAAUGUAGUUUAUUAUGGGUCAGAGCCUGGUCGGCAGCCAAACCUCUAAAGAAGGAAACUGUAGACUGGAUUGUUGCAUAUAUCCUUUGCACAGAGAAAAAUCUGGGAGCUAGCCAAGGCCUCUCCAGUUUGUUGAAAGCAGAUUUCUACACUCCUACACCAUCCUUUCACAAUGCCCUGACCUUAUUAACAGUCAGUAUAUUUGCUUUACAGGUUUCACAGUGGGUGUUCUAGUAACUGCCACAGUAACAUGCUGCUGUAGUACCUUAUGAAGAUUAAAGUACUGCUGUGCCCCGACUCCACCCUGCUCCUCAGCUGUCCACAGCACUGUUCGCAAAGUUCUCCUUGGUCGCAAACCUACAAGCAGGUGAAGUCGCAAAUGAACAUGGCAGCAAUACAAAUGAAGAGCAUAAAAACAAAAUUAAAGCCCAAUAAUACUUCUGAAGCUCUUCAGAUUUUGUAAUAACAAAAAUUAUCCCACGUUUUAAAAGUAUUUCAUCUGAACUGUCUGACUUCUUAUUCAGCUACAUUCUGUUAUUCCCAGGAAUAUUGUACUCUAUAUUUGGAAAAGUUUCCAAAUGAUCCGUAUCCCUGUUCAUCUAAAACCAGAUGUAUGACUGUUUGGACAUAGAAGACAGCAAGUGAUUAAGAAAUCAGGCUGUAGAAAUAAUUUGUGUUUUCCUGUAAACAAGUUGAAAAUAGUAGAUGAAACUCCUUAUUAAUGUUGACAUGAGCACCACAUGUUUCCAAAAUGGUAGGGAACAAGAGGAAAGCAGCAUGGCAUUGCUCCAGAACAUUUCUGACAUAUUUGUACAUUGUUGAACCCACUAAUGUUCUGGAAAUAUUACUUGUGAGCUGGCUGGAAAGUAUUUGCAAGACGUCUAGAGCAAAUGUUAUGGGCAUCUCCUGAACAUCUCAAGGACAUUUCUGGACUCCAGUGGGCCUUUGAAAAUGGCUUGAGUGUCCAAUUUGAGCUCAAAUGUUCCUAGUUUAGGUUUCCAAGUCAGUCAAUAUUGAAUGUGAGAUCAUUUUCAUAAGCUGUUGGUUGGUGACAAUAAAACAGCAGCAGCAUAUUAUUAGUAAUUGGCUAAUUCUAAAGAAGAAGAGCAUGUAGAGCAUUGACCAUUGUUCUGGGGACUGGGAGAGUUUUCUUCUUUCCCAGAGCCAAAUAUUACCAGAGGAGAAGUAUAGAUGAUGGCUCCAAGGUUGAAACAACUGCAUUCAUUAAAAAAGCUCAGUAAUAUUGUUCAGCUUUGCAGCUGAAUAUUUGCACUGUUUGAGUCCCUUUUCAAAUUACAUGACAAUUCUUAUGAAAGAUCAAACCACAGAAGUUUUUGUGGAUAGGUUUCUGUUGAUCCCAGGGAUAUAUUCAUAUUCACGUUUCCAAGGAGACAGAUCCCUGUUCAGCAUCAUUGUUGCAGGGAUGGAUGUUUAAUAAUUUUUGUUACCAGUAAUCCUCUCAGCUCAGUGAUGCACAUUAAAACUGGCUUUUCUUUUUUUUUUUUUUUUUUUUUU